ACCGUUUGACAUUUAUCAGGACACAUUUAGUUUCCAAAAACGAGUGUGCAUUCUUGUUAUAUAGUUUUUGAAAUAGAACCAACAUGUCGAGUUUAAUUUGUAAGAAAUUCUCUAUGGCUUUGAAUUCGGUAGCGUCAUGUCUGAUGCGUCCGCCAAAAGAUGAAAUUCUGGACGAGCUUUAUAUGGUGCAACAUAAGAUUAUGGAAAAUCUGAAUUCUGCUGGCAGGUGGGACGGGACAUUGUUCACCUUUGGCGUAAUGGGAAAUUCUUCGGAAGCCAUAACAAAAAUAAAUGAUGGAAAAUAUGAGUUCCAGGUUAACGUGAAAUUUCCCUUUGAACUUAAGCCCAUUAAGGACGAGCGUCGUCCUGGGUUUGUGAUGCUCCAAGCUGGAGAACUCGUAGACCAUCCAGCCGUUGUUAACGGGUUUCUCCAACGCGAUGCCCUUGCUUGCUGGUUUUUAUUCAUUAUAAAUAAGGAUGGGACAAACAUCCGUAACUUUUCAUUGGACGUGCUCCAGUUUGACUUCUCGAAGUGGCCGCUGCCAUAUCCGGAGGUUCCCGAUGGUGGUCUGAGUUUUCGCAACCAUCCCUGGUACGCGGUACCCAGGGUGACUGUACCUUUGGACAAGCGGAGCUUUAUGGUCUGGGCUCCGGACUGGGAACGCUUCCUGAUGGAAUGGAACUGCCAUGCGAACAAGGUGCUGCUUUUGAUGCGUGAAAUAAUGGAACAGAUGGAGAUAUACCUUCCGUUAGAUGUGGUCAAAUCGAUUAUACUGCGUAACAUUCAGACCCUUCCAUUCGACCUGGGGAAUUGUUUCCUAGCCGUUUUCGAGGCUUUUGUUAACGAUUUGCAGGAGGGCAAAGUGACUCCAUUCCUUGUGGACAGUGUGAACAUGCUUCAAAUAGGAUCGAAUUAUGAGGCCAAGAUUGAAGUGUACCAUUAUACAGCCUCAAAUCUUUUGAAUACAUUUAAAAAUGUUAAGUCUCGAGCUCUGGCCGAUCAAGUCAAGACCGGUGGUGACAACCAAUCCUCCGGUCCCGAUAACUGGAUUACAGUUCUACAUCUUUUAUUUGGUAAUUAA